AUGCUCGGCUCGGUCACACAGCAGAAGCUUCGCUGGUUCGACGCUUUCGCUGUGGCUUUUCUUCUUCUCUUCCAUUGGACGCAGAUGCUGGUCCAUGCCAUCCAGCUCGAUGUCAAGGACAAAGAGUCCAUCAAACAAGCCGCCAGCACCAUGGCCUUCGACCUGGUCACCUUCUACCAGGGCAACCAGUCGGGCCAAAUCCCUGGCUAUCUUCCCCAACCGUACUACUGGUGGGAAGCCGGCGCCAUGUUCGGCACGCUGGUCAACUACUGGUACCUCACGGGGGACAGCAGCUACAACGACAUCACGACGCAGGCCCUCCUCUUCCAAGCGACUUCCAACGGCGACUUCAUGCCGACCAACCAGACGCGGGACGAGGGCAACGACGACCAGUCCUUCUGGGCGCUGAGCGCCAUGAUGGCCGCCGAGCGCAACUUCCCCGCCCCGCCCGCCGGCUCGCCCAGCUGGCUGGAGAUGGUGCAGGCCGUGUUCAACGAGCAGGUGACGCGGUGGAACACGGCGAGUUGCGGCGGCGGGCUAAAGUGGCAGAUCUUCCCCUUCAACAACGGCUACGACUACCGCAACUCCAUCGCCAACGGCUGCUUCUUCGACAUUGCCGCCCGCCUGGCCCGGUACACGGGCAACCAGAGCUACGCCGACUGGGCGGAGAAGGCGUGGAACUGGGUGACGGAGGUCGGGCUCGUGGGCUCGACGUAUCAGGUGUACGACGGCACGAGCGACACGAACAACUGCACGACGCUGGACCAUGUGCUGUGGACCUACAACAGCGGGAUAUUCCUGCACGGGGCGGCCACCAUGUACAGUUUUACAAACGGAUCCUCGGUCUGGGAAGAGCGCAUCAACGGACUGCUCAACGCCAGCGCCAUCUUCUUCUCGACCAACGCGUCCUCACUGAACGUCAUGUACGAGUACUCAUGCGAGUUGAUCAACGACUGCACGACAGACCAGUUCUCGUUCAAGGCGUACCUGUCACGAUGGAUGGCAGAGACGACGCAGCUGGCGCCGUUCACGAACGAGACGAUCAUGACGAAGCUGGAGGCGUCGGCGGCAGCAGCAGCAAAGCAAUGCGUCGGCGGAUCGACAGGGACAUACUGCGGGAUGAAAUGGACGACGGGAACAUACGACGGCACGACGGGAGUCGGACAGCAGAUGUCAGCACUGGAGACGGUACAGGGGUUACUGAUGCCACAGGCCCAGGCACCGCUGACCAACGCGACGGGCGGGACGAGCAAGAGCAAUCCAGACGCGGGGAUGGGCUCCUCGUCCAACACGUACACGCCGAGCGAGGUGGCGGGGCGCAUCACGACGGGGGAUCGGGUGGGCGCGGGGUUUAUUACGGUCGCGCUGGUGUUGAGUGUUUUUGGGUGUGCGUAUGUUAUGGUGAGUUAG